AAAGGAGAGAAAGCAUUGGUGCAUCUUAACCUGGACGAUUUGGGAUGAAGUACGACGCGGAAUUGAUUUGAAAAUGCUGAGGUUUUAUGAAACGGAGCCUCAACAAUCGUCAUCCGAGCCAUUGCCCCUAAUCAUGUAACGUCGUCUUGAAAAGAAAUGGAAGCCUACACUCCGAUCGACGAGGAUUUCCCGGGCCGGUUGCUCCACCAAGCCGCUUUGUGGGACAACGCUGAGCUCCUCGAGGAUCUCCUCCGUGGCGAUCACGCUCAGUACAUAAACAGCCGUGAUUCUUGGGGACGAACCCCCCUACACGCCGCGGCGAUCACCGAAAACUCCCGUUGCCUCAACGUUCUCCUCGCCUCGGGCGCGAACCCCGAUGCCACCAGUGGUCCCCGCGGCCGCCACCGGACCCCCCUGCACGUCUCCGCGGAGCAUUGCCACUCAUCGAAUAUUUCAAGACUUCUAAAACACGGCGCGGACCCUUUGGCGAUCGAUGAUGACGAUAAAACGGCGUUAGAUCUGUCGAAAAAUGAAAAUUGCCAGAUUUUGUUGAAAGUAGCCAUGGAAAUCCAAGAAUCGGCGCUUCUCGCGGUAUUUUUACCUCUGAAAACGGCUUGCCUCCAAGGAGAUGUGAGUUUAGCUCGAAAUAUUUUACAGAAUAAUCAAGAGAAGGUUAAAAUGAUCGUUAAUAUGAAUUCGAAGGAGGAGAGUUUAUUGUACUCCGUUUGCGAGUCGGGGAACAAAGAGUUAGUUAAACUGCUUUUGGAGAACGGAGCCGAUUGUAAAUCGAACCCAAACACGAAUUACAGUCCUUUGUACAUAGCUUCUUGCAAGGGUCAUACGGAAAUAGUAAAGAUUCUUUUGAAACAUUCCCCGAAACAGGUGCAAGUAACUACAAUUGAGAAAUGGUUGCCUUUGCACGCGGCGGUGAUCAAUGAACAUGUUUCGAUAGUCGAGACUUUGAUUAAAUUCGAUUACCCACAAUCUGCUUUGAUUAAGUUCCAAGUAGGAGAAUUAGAGUACGAGGCACCCUUCGAUUUAAACAGUCAAGAUUCGAACGGACAGAGCGUGCUCUACAUCGCCAGCAUGGCAGGGAAUAUAAAAAUCGUCGAUCUUUUGUUAAAUUACAAAGUGAAAGCUAAGAAAAUCAAUGAGAUCGAAGAGGUUCCGAUAUCGAAAAGAAGGAUCUCUUCCGGGAUACAGAGGCUCAUAUCUAAUCUGAAUUUUCGUAAAAUCGAAAAAAGAGACGAGAAUCUUAUAUCCCCCCUGAAUCUCGAUUUGUAUUGCAAUAAUGAAACCGAGACUAGUUUGCACGCGGCGGUGAAAGGGAGGCAUGUUGAGAUCGUGUCUAGUCUGCUCUCAGCCGGGGCUGAUCCGAAUCUACCUUUAAAAAAGGAGGAUUGGACCUCGGCGUUGAUCAUAUCUUGCCAACAGAAGGAUUUAAAAAUUGCAGAAUUGUUACUAAAAUAUGGAGCUUUGGACAGUGACUGUAAGGCCAUUCGAAUCGCGGCGCAGAAUCAGGACGAGCCUCUCACAGCCAAAUUAUUAUCGACGAAAGCUUAUCCCGAUUCUGAAUACAGAAUUAACAAAAAAGCGAUGACCGAGAAUGGCACUUCGAUUCUAUCAAGUUUCAAUAGUGUAACUUACGCGAGUUUGUUCCCUAAUACAGCGUCGAUGAUAAAUUGGCACGACCAACAGUGCCACUUAUCGCGAAUCCGCCCCCAGUGGUUGAUCGACGCCGUUUUAAACGUUAAUAAGAAACUUUCGAAAAACAACGAUUUGGCUUUAUACGCGAUAACAAGAAUCGACAUUUCCCACAAUUCGAUCACUUCCAUCCCUCCGAUUAUAUUUCAUUUGCAAAGCCUGCACUGCUUGAACCUGGCGCAGAAUAAAAUCGACGCCCUAACAGCGGAGUCUAAGAAUAAAGAGAAACUUUGUCCAGUAUUAGAAGAAUUGUAUUUGCAAGACAAUAGAUUAGAACAGUUGCCGGAGUUCGUAAUGAAUUUACCGGCUUUGGAAAUUAUCGAUGUUUCAAAUAACAAACUACAGAAACUGCCGGAUAAUUUAUGGAGAGCACCGAAAUUAAAAGAAUUGAAUGCGUCUUUCAAUUUACUGAAAGACCUGCCGAGUCAGACUUCUAGAAAUAUUUCUAAAAAAGAAUUCGAAUUAAACCAGAGCCCCAGUACGAGGAGCCUCCAAUUAAUAUCGAGAGAGGAUUCUUCGGAAUCUUUUGCAGAAAUCGGCCAGCCGAGGAUAAUCGAAAUCAGUAGACCUCACGUCUGGACGAAAUCGAUCCAAGUCUCCGAGAAAAUCGACGAUAUAGAGAUUAAUACAAAAUCCAUGCUGGUCUCUCUGAAUUUAGCCCAUAAUUUGUUUAACUCAAUCCCGGUAGCUCUGCCUUGUCUCGCGGUGAAUUUAGUAAGAUUGAACAUGGCGUACAAUUCGUUGAGAUCGAUGAGUCACAUCACUUCUUACCCUAGCAGUCUGAAGCAAUUAGAUUUAUCAAAUAAUCAAAUAAGUCGAUGGCCAAGCUUGCCUAGUAUCGACGGAGAUCUGAUGGAACAAGCAAAUACUGCUUGCUAUUGUCCUACAAAUAUUCAAUCCCCAGUACCAGGAAGUAAUAGACAGACAGCUACUUCGUUCCGAGACGUUGUUUUAAUGUCAGUCUGCAUCCACCGAAGGCAUUUAAGAUUAGAGAAUCUAAGGACCCUGAUUCUAGCCAACAAUCUUUUAAGCAGAAUUCAAUUGACUUCGUCGGACGACGGGGAAAUGGAAGAAGAGUUGAACGAAAAGGAAAUAAAGAAUAAACAGUACUUAUUAUUCCCUAAUGUGAGCAUGCUAGACGUCAGUAAUAACAGAGUAAAAGAAAUUCCGAUUAACAUUCACGAACUAAAUAAUUUAUCAGUAUUAAACGUAAGCGGGAACGUGGAAAUCACUGAAUUGCCACCUCAAAUGGGGCUUCUUUCGAGGCUCUGGAAUCUAAACACGCAGGGAUGUAAACUCCAAGAGCCUCUAAAAAGCAUGAUUGAGUCCAAAAAAUAUAAAACUAUGGAUGUGAUCGGUUAUUUAAAAUCGAUCCUCGAAGACGCGAAGCCGUACGCGAGGAUGAAGUUGAUGAUCGUCGGGAUUCAAGGGAUUGGUAAGACAAGCCUGUUGGAGCAACUGAAACAAGAAGGGGAAAUUCCUAAUAAGAAGAAAUCCGAGCACUGGGCCAAACGCAUGGGGAACAAGAAUAUAAAUACGAAAACUUCUAAAGGGACGAUAAUCUCAACGGUCGGAGUGGACAUCGGAGAUUGGAUAUACGAGAAGAAGGUCAGAGGCCAGUCUUCCCAUGGCCCGGUGUACUUCCGCACGUGGGACUUCGGGGGGCAGCGCGAGUACUACGCAACUCAUCAAUAUUUCUUAUCAAAACGAAGCCUGUAUUUAGUGGUCUGGAGGAUAACCGAUGGAUUUAAAGGGAUUUCAGAGAUCUUCCAAUGGCUGGUGAAUAUUCAAAGCAGAGCACCGAACUCCCCUGUGAUAAUCGUAGGCACUCACUAUGAUAUUUCAAUCGAGAACAGCGAGAGCUUCCAACAGCAUAUAAGAGAGAAAUUCAUAAACGUAGUCGACGCCGAAAAAUGCGGGUUACCGAAAGUAAUGGAGACCAUCGAAGUCUCUUGUAAGACCCGACACAAUAUUAAAAUCCUCUGCAAUUUGGUUUACGACGUCGUCUUCAGCCUUCGUUCGCCGGGAAGCAAGGAAUUGUUAUUAGAGCAAAAGGUGCCGGCGAGCUACUUAGCUUUGGAGGACGUCGUUCAUCAAUUAGCGAUCGAUAGGAAAUUAGUUGGAGCUGAUCCGGUGUUGAGGGCCGACCAAUAUUACUCCGGAGUGAAUAACGAGCUUGCGAAGCUUCAUAGAUCGUUCCGGGACCCGGCGGAGUUGCACCAAGCCACAUUGUUCUUACAUGAAAACGGAAUUAUUCUACAUUACGACGACGCUACUUUAAAAGAUUUAUAUUUCUUGGAUCCUCAAUGGUUGUGUGAUAUGUUGGCACAUGUUGUAACGAUCAGAGAGAUCAAUCCGUUCGCCAGGUCUGGGAUAAUGAAGCUAGAUGACAUCCAGCACGUAUUCAAAUCGUCGAUAAUCUCGCAAGAUACUCAGGGAUAUAUAGUGAAUUUGUUGAAUAAAUUUGAAGUGGCUUUAACAUGGGAUUACAGAACUCUGCUAAUCCCUUCAUUACUGCCGACGGAGGAGGAUGUUUUGAAAAGUAAUCAAGUAAUCCGGAUCCCCGUGAGGAGCAGAGGCUGGCAUGCGAGAGCCAAGAAAAUUGCCUCGCCUGUUCAAUCGGACAGUAAGAUAGAAUGCGUCUUGACAUCGAGGCCUCAGCCGGAUUGCUCGGUUACGAGACUUCUAUUAAUGUCUUACUUCCCUAGCGGGUUUUGGUCAAGGCUCAUCACGAGGAUCCUCGCGGAUGACGUGAUAGUAGAGAUCGUUGUAUCAUUCUUACAACCGUUUAAAGAUUUCGUUGACGAGACCGUGUUCCACUCGCUAAUCGACACUCAGCCCGAAUGGGCGCUCUGGCAAACGGGGAUCGAACUCAAAUACAGUAACGUGACUCUGUUAAGAUUGAAAGAAGUUCAUCACGAAUUGAAUAAUUCGACUUACGGGAAAUUUAAGUUUAAAUUGAAGCAAGAUGGGGUUUGGUGCGGAGUGGAUUUAAAAAACUCAGCGAUAUUAGAGAUUUGGUUUCCGGUUGACACGCUGGUGGUGAAGCAGCCGAUCUCUUUGGACGGCGGGGAGUCAAUGGAUUACCAAGCAAUCGUUAUUGAGCCGAGGCAGGAGAGCGUGCCGCAGCUACUGGCAUUGAUCGUCGAUCAUAUUGAUAUUCUGUUGGAGGACUGGUAUCCCACUUUGGGGACGAGAUUCGUGCACACUUCUGAGGGGAAAUUACUGGUUACGAGGUUGAUUCCGUGCCCGAGGUGCCUGAUGGAGAACGAGGACGAUGGGGACGAAGAGGAUUUACAGAGAUACUACAUAAACAAAGAGCGUCAAAGCCAGGACAGCUAUAAAUCCGAUGGCGAUAGCGGCGUAGGCUACGAUAGCCUUGCCUCCAGCCGAAUGCCCUCCCUCGAAGGCCACCCGGAGCUACCCACGAUCACCCAACCGCUAGCCUACUCUUGGAUGGUCGAAGAAUGCAUUCUCUCAGCCUACAGCAACAAGCCUGUCACCUGCCCAAAACACUUCGAGAUCCCCUUGGCCCACAUCGCCCCGGACAUAAUCUUCAUGGACCUGGGCAACCACCACUUAAUUAAAUCCGAUGAUAUCAAACUGGGCAAACUACUUGGCCGCGGUGCGUUCGGCUUCGUUUUUAAAGGCCUCUGUAAGCCUCCGAACAGUAACCAAAAAAUCGACGUCGCUAUAAAAAUGUUGCAACCGGUUCCUCCGGGCCCCAACUCGAACCAGUCUGCAAUUCUUGCUUACAAGGCGGCGCAGAGUAAAUGGGACAGAGACCCUUUACAAUACGCUUGCAAAGCUUACUGUACUGCUAGACAAGAAUUAAAUAUUUUGCUUACUCUCAGGCAUCCAAACAUUGUCCCUUUAGUCGGCAUUGUCGUCAGUCCGUUAGCUUUGGUCCUCGAUUUAGCCCCUGAAGGAGCUUUGGAUAAGGUUUUGCGAAAUUAUCGUCGGUCCGGGGCGAAAUUAGAUCCGUACACUUUACAAUCAAUUAUUUUACAAGUAGCUAAAGCCGUGGAAUAUUUACACCAGCAGCACGUAAUCUAUAGAGACCUAAAAUCUGAGAACGUGCUCGUAUGGCAAAUGCCGAAACCGAUGAGUCAGAGAUUGGAGGAAUACACGGUGCACGUGAAAGUGGCUGAUUACGGGAUAUCGAGAUUAACAUUACCAACUGGAGCAAAAGGGUUCGGAGGAACCGAAGGCUUCAUGGCGCCUGAAAUUAUCAAAUACAACGGGGAAGAGGAAUACACGGAAAAAGUCGAUUCCUUUUCAUUUGGGAUGUUUGUGUACGAGCUUAUUACUCUGAGGCAGCCGUUCGAAGGACACGAGGCUGUGAAAGAAUGCAUUUUAGAAGGAGGCAGGCCCUGGUUGACUUACCGAGAGACCUUCCAUCCUUGCUACGCUUUGGAUCUGAUGGUAAUCUGUUGGGCGCAGAACCCGAAAGACAGGCCCACUGCUAGUCAGAUCGUCUCCAUAGCCUCCGCUCCCGAAUUCACGCAUCUGAUCGACGUCGUGCUUUUAACCGAGAGGACUCAAGUCACUGCGACUACGAUUAUCAAUAAAAUGAUAGACGAGAAUUUGAUCGACGAGAUCUGGUUCGGACAGAAUAACGGAGAGAUGGACAUGUUGUUAGGCACUGAAAGAGGCUGGUUGGAACAUGUCCGUAUCCAGACCCCGGUGAUUCCUUACGCUAUGUGCGGAUUGGACAAUCACGUUUGGGUCGGUGACGACGCAGGCCAGGUUUACGUCUUCCUGUCUUCAAAUUACGACAGUGUCACGGUUUAUAAUUUAGACCCGAAUCACAAAUUGACCUCAAAGAUCGUAGGGCUAGUUUAUCUCGACCAGAUCAACAAAUUCGCGGUGGCUUUACAUAGCGGUAAGAUGUUUUUAUUGGAAAAUAAAAUGGAGAACGUAGAGAAGAUUAAAAUUGGUAAUGGCAGGGAUGAUGUUAAAGCGUACUCGUUGGUAGCUACGAGUAACAGGAAGAAGAAUCUGGAACUGUGGUUGGGACAGAGCUUCGGUCAGAUCACUGUGUUUAUUUUACAAGACAAUUCUGAAGUUACUAAUACCGUUCAAUUGUUUCACGACUCGAAAGUCAAUGAGAAUUUAUUCGCGACUCAUUUACUGAGCGCCGGGAACUCUGUGUUAUCGUACACUUAUCCAGGCUGCGUCGUUUACCAGUGGGACGUGGAUGCUAAAAAAAUGAUUAAUAAGCUUGAUAUGUCAAAGCUGGUGCCUUGCUCUGAGAGCUUGAAGUCUAUCUCCAUUGAAGAGAAUAUGUCAACGGAGAAGUGCCAGGUAACCGCAUUAGAGGCUUGUAGGAAUCAACUCUACAUUGGGACUACCUGGGGAUGUAUCGUGGUAGCCGAGUGCGCAUCUCUCAGGCCGAUUACAGUUUUUAGACCGUUCGAAGGGAAAGUUUGCCAGAUUAUUGCGUUCAAGUCGAAGGAUGAGAAAAGACCUGUGCUGGCUACCGUGGGUCAGGGGUAUAGGAGCUUGAUUUCGAGGUAUACGGAUUUUCCUGUGCAGGGGGAUGUGGAGGAGUUGAAACAUAGCACGUAUGUGCUGCUAUGGAGGUCAGAACACUGGUCCGCGGCUUAAAGAGGGCCGAGGAUUGUGGAUCGAAUGAUGAGUGAUGAAAUGUUGACAGUGUACACGUCCAUUAGAUGGGUAGAUAUAUUGUAUUUAUUUAUUUCAAUGAUCUCGAGGUUUUAUCACGGCGUUGUAUAUAGCGGUACUUGCUCAUGUUAUCAGUUCUACUCACUGGCUUUCGGAUUUUUAGAUUUUUUAUCAUUGUAUUAUUACGCGCCGAGGAAAAUUCGCGCACGUUUUAAAUGUGCGCUCGGAAUCUUUUACAGGGUAGAUUUAGAGGAGGAUAAAUACUGAAGAUCGUGUCAUCAGAGGUGUUUAAAUCUGAGGGGAUAUUUAGGAAUUUUUGUUUGAUGUAAAUGAAAAAGUAACCGGUGAGUAAAAGUGACAUCGUGAACAAAGAUUGGGACGGUUAGUGUAAUUAGAGAUAAACGAGCGCAGUUUGUAUAUACGUUAUUACUUAAUUAAUACAGACAUCGGAGUACAAUUGUU